CGGCAACGGCGGCGGCCUCAGAGAUGCCUUCGACGUCGCCAUUGAAGGGGUUAUGAGGAGGUUUAAAGAGCAAGAAGGGUGGGGGUACAAAUGGAAAUGAAGAAAGAUCAGGGGUGCAACAUGCAAAUAAGAAGAAAUAAGGGCAAAUUUUAUUUUAUUUUAUUCUUUUCUUUAGGGAUAUAUCGUAAAUUCUUUUGGUCGGAUUGUUGUUGUAUAAUAUAAUUAAUAGGGGGUUUUAGGAGAAUAAAUUUUGGGGUGUAAUUUAUAUCUAUAUUUAACGGAGACAUAAAAGUUGAUAAAACGGGGGAUGGAAUGGGGAAAAAAAAAGGCAGAGGAGCCAUCAUUGGGUGGUGGUGGUCCUUGGGAUAAUGUGUGGUGCAUUGAGGGGUCCAAGUCCAUAUUUGGAAUCAUAGAAAAUUGGUUUUAAUAUAUAGUCGGGAAAAUUAUGUCUGAAAUAUAAGAAAAUUAAAGCCUUUGUGCAAUAACUUUAGCUUUAAUUUUUUGGGCAAUGGCUUUUAGAAGAUAAUCAUAAAGUCAGUUUGGUGUACAACUUGAAUGCCCAUUUUUGGGCAGACUUUAUUAUAGCUUAAAAUUUUAAA